CUGGCGUUGUCUUCAUUUCAUUUCAUUUAUUUUGAUAACGACCUUCAUUGAUGUCUUUUUAAAAACUUAAUUUAGAUUAUGGUACAUGACAGUGUCAUUACUUUGUUGACUGCUGAUGACAUGUAAAGAUCCUAAAUAAUCCACCAAUAAGUAAUCAAAUUUCAGGGCUUUUUGAAACAGCCGCGCCAUGGCAACAACCAGAAGGUAGAUAACGAUGAGUGCUUGUUACGCGCUACCGUUAACGCACGUCUUCUCAAAGCGGAUGCUAUGCGCGUAGUUCGGACAAGGACCCUUUGACGAAAUAACUCUUGCCGUCUUUUUACAAGGCUUGAGGAUUUACAAGAUUUAUUGGCAUCAAUGAAAUGCUCUCACAAUGUGCUGCAUAUUUACGUGGAUGGCCUGGUGCUUCGAUGCAUCACACAGGGUCGUGGUUUUCAUCAUGGCGUGCCUCAUCAGCUCGUCUGUCUGUUGCUUGCUACUCACAGCUUCACUAGCAGGCGUUGCCAUGGGUUAUAAUUACUCAUUAGCUGAGUACAUCGACCUCAAAGAGACUAACAUCUCCGUGUACAUCAAGCGAGGUGUUUACGAUGACGAGAUAGCUGAUGACUUCGACUGGAGACGAUCGGGCGGUGCAGAACCAAGUAUUGCUCUCAAGGACGCCGGUGGCCAGAGAAUAUCACCCGGAGUUCAACAAGACGAGCAGCCACUAGCGGCCGGUCGUCGCCGAUCGGACAACUCCAUAUUUGAGUCGGAAGCACAAAACAAAUACGAAGGCAGCCUCAUGCGGCUCACGUCUCCACCGGCUGGAGACGCUGUACGAAGAUUUGAACCUCCAGCGCCACCAUAUACCACCAGUCCCUCAACGACUCUGAAUAAAGUCGAUGCAUUGCUGCAAGUUGCCGACAGCUUGCCAGGCGGUUCGGUGGAACGAUUGAAAGCUAUACAAGCGGCUGCAAGGCAUCAUGAAGCUCGAAAAAUUGAAUUGGCUACCGCUAAGAUUCCCGAGGAUCCGUUAGAUCGAGUAAAGGCUAUAGAAGCUAAUGCUCAAAUACAUAAUGCCAGGAGGAGCGACCCGACCACAACGACGGAUAAGUACGCCAAAUAUUUCGGUCAGUUAGCGAUGCACCCCGGUUUCCCAGGCUCCGGUUUAAGCGCCAGGAAGUUUAUGGAGAGUCGAGAUAAGGAUAUCAAGGAGACAAUCCCGCCUAAUCGUUUUAGAGACGCUGUGUUCCAAGGGGAUCUUUCAGGCUGGCCUACAGCGGAACCUUCUAGAUCGUCUUCCGAAAAUUUCUUCGACUACGAAGUUAGCUACAAGUCUCCAGUACUAACACCGCCAACCAUAAGGCCUUUACUCGUUCGUCCGUUAGAAAAUAAAAUGCAGCAGAUUAUGUGGGACAUGAAGCCGAAAGUAGAAAGUCCGAUUAAAAUAACCCAAACUGAUUUCAAGGAUUUCGGGAAUGAUAAUUCUAUUAAAUUGAAAGAUAUGGUGCCCAAACGAGGAAAGAUGUACAGUGACUACGAUGACUCUCAUGGAUUACCUAUUCGAAGGAAAAGAAGCGGUAGGAAAGUUAAUGUGAAAGAAUCAGGUUUUAUUUCAUCCUUAAUAACUAAAACGACUCAUGACACUUACCUGCAUACCAAGGCCAUAGAAGAGGAGUUGGAGAUAUCUACGAUUACUGAAGAUACGUUACUAAAUGACUUUAUACAAAAAUCAUCAGCAGAAUCCACAAAAACUAAACUAAAUAAUUUGAAAAGUACUAACUCUAGUCAUAACUCUCAAGCGAUGAUUGUAGAAGCUGAUCAUGACAGCGAUGUUUUCGUUAAACUUUCAAAAAUAAAUAGCUUGGAACAUUUAACCUCUACCUGGAAAACGAAAUACGUAAAUUCCAAGCCUACGAAGCGGAAGAAAAAAUUAGAAGGCUACGCAUAUAAAAUCCUCGGAAAUAAACAAACGGAAUCUUUUUGGUGGAGAUUUUCUGACGGCGUCUCUGAGCAAUGGAAUAGAAUAAUUUUGUAUCUUCAUAAAAGAAAUUCUCCAAUAUUGGAUCAUUUUCGGAAUCCGAAGACAUCAGAUAAUAACGAUUCGAAUAGUUUCGAUAGCAAGAAAAGUACCAUUAUUAACAAGUUGGUUGCCAUAUCGACCAAGAAACCAGUAGAAAGGAAUCAAUUUCAUAUAACUGAAACUAAUACGAGAACAAAUCUUGAUAUUUGACUAGAUAUUUCGAGUUAUUAUAAAAAUAAACCGAUACUAGUUUUACCGUGUUGUCUAUGUAUCGUUUAUUUGUUUUGUGAUGAUAAUAAAGGUAUCGGUGUACGCGAAGUAACAA